GUUUAAAUAAAGCAGCUGUGGUGAAUACACAUAACAGAUCUCAAGAAAAUGCAAGAAAUACAAGGGAAUAAGUUGUUACAAUUACAUUCAGAUACUGUCGAGACUGUUAGGAGAAGCAUCAAUUUAGAAAAGGAUAACGACAGGAGACAUGCCAUUGAUAUCUUGAAGAAAUGGGUCGAGAUGCAACCGCACUUCUUGAAAAAAGACUUUCCUGACACAUAUUUGGAAUCCUGUAUUAUAACAUCAAAAGGGUCCAUAGAAAACGCUAAGAAGCGACUCGACAAAAUGUGCACAAUAAAAACUCUGAUGCCUGAAUUUUUCGAGGAAAUAAACCCUAAAAGUGACUUUGACGUUAUGUUUGACGUUGUAAAUGUGGCGAUCUGCCCGAAAUUAACUAGGGAACAUCAUCGAUUGUUCAUGGCGAAAGGUUUGAAGACACCUACUGAGCCGCAGCAUAUCACUUUGGUGUAUAAAUUUUGCAUUCUUAUUUCGGAGUACGCCAGGAGGCAUGACUACGUCGAUGGUUUCCGAGUUGUGUAUGAACUAAGCGCAUUGGACUUAGUUAAAUUUGUUUCUAACAUCAAUGUCGUCGAAUUGAGACAAGCUUUGAGUAUUUAUAUGGAUGGCUAUGGUAUGAAGUUAAAGGGUAUUCACUUGAUCACACAGUCAAAAGCAAUCGAUCUUCUAGUUCAGAUCUUCAAACAGAUUCUAAAACCGAAAUUAGCGAGUCGCAUACACAUUCAUAAGUCUUGUGAUGAAUUGCAUGAUCUCAUUGGAAAGGAGGUGCUUCCAGUAGAAUUUGGAGGUUAUGAAAAAUCUAUCAAAGAACUUCAAGAUGAAUGGAUCAACGUUUUAGCGUCAAAGGAAAAUAUGGACUACAUGCGUGAAAUGAGGGGAGCAAAAACCAAUGAAAGUCUUCGUCAGUCUGAUCGGUUUAAUGCUGAGUACGCUGGGAUGCCUGGAACAUUCCGAGUGUUGAGUGUAGAUUAAAAUAACACGUAUGUUAUAAUGAAUAUAUGGAUAUAUUUUGCUUAUUUUAAUUUUUACCUCGAAGAGUGUAAUUAAUUGCUUAUUUCUUAAUAUGGUUUACAUCAUAUCAUUUAGAAAUGUUGUUUCAUUUGAAUUCAGAACUAAAUAAAAUAAAUGAAUAUAUAAAUGUGUUCAUUGUUUUGCAACCAUAUCAUUAAUUUAUAAUGAUCCACUGACUACAAAACUUUUCGAAAAAUAUGUUUCGAUUGUCGGUGGCCCCCCCUUCACAUGAUACUAUUAAUUUUAUGUUUUAACAAACAAUUAACAAUAAGUUUUAUUACAUUGUUAUUGUAUUAUUAUUAAGAUUUUAUACUUUUCCUUUAUUGUAAUUAGAAGAAGUACCUAGAAUACUGAUACAAUGAAAAUUAAUUAGUAUAUCAUAAAACUGUAUUUGCGAACAUUAUUGUGAUAAUUUAUGUAUUUUGUAAAAGCUUCGUAUUUCUAUAUAAUAAACAUAUUAUCUAUUGAAUAAUGGCAAUUUUACAAUUGAUCUGUUUUUAAUUUUUUAUGUGUAUUAUACUUAUGUAUAUCUUUAGUAUUUUGUAAUUACGCACUAAUGAUGAUUAGAAAAAUUGUACAUUAAAACUUUCUUAGGUCGAAUAUGUUAAUAAAGUGCU